AUGGAUCCAGUCAGCGCACUCGGUGUCGCGGCCGCUUCCGUCCAGCUGAGUGGUGUCGCCGCCAUUGGGGCUCUCCGCGGCAUUGGUCUCUUGAAAAGUUUCAAAGAAACCCCAGCACGCCUCACGGAGCUUUUACUUGACGUCGAAAAAUCCGUUCCCUCGACCCUCCACCUCCGCCAAGAACUCUUGAACCCCGCAUCCAACCUGCGCCAAUGCCUCUCUUCGGUUCAACACCAGGCCUUAUACGAGGCUCUUCGCGAUGCCUACGACGCGACCCUAGUCCUGCAAACGACAAUGGAGCCCUUUUUGGCCGACCCCACGGUCACUGCGGGCCGGGGUAAGAGAAUAUGGAGGAGUAUUGUGUCGAUAAAGAGGGAGAAGGAAAUUGAGGAAAAGCUGGAGAGGGUCCAGCGCUUGAAUGGUCGAGUGAUGAGAGAACUGCAAAUUAGUAGUCUUCAUCUCCAAGCAGGUCUUGUCGGCCUCUCCCAGACGGUGUCGGAAGCUAUACGGAGCCUCCAGUCGACACUGGUCCUCCAGACAACCGGACUUGAAACGAGUGGCGAUGACAGUCUCGAGCUGCAAACCGCUGUUUCGAACACUGAUCAACCAGACAUCGAAUCUCCCGCCACCGACGGAAAGCAUGAGACAUGCACUGCCGGGCCGAGUGAAGUUGAUCCGGUAUGCGACACCGAGCGGUCUUUGCCACUAAACAUGGCGUCUACAACGCACACCGAUACAGCCUGGCAGGCAUCCUCUGAUUUAACGUCAUACGACAUGGUGGCAUUGCGGGAUGAUAUCCUGCCUGUCAUCACCGGGAGAAAAUCGAGCCUGGCUGACGAAACUACGAAUCUCGCGGUGCGUCUCUCAGAUGCGGACAAGAGGGAUCUAGCUCUCCUCAUACGAAAUGAGCUCAUCCGCUCCCCGAGCCUCAUCCAUGAAGCCUACGAUGAGAUUGGCCCAUGGCACAAGUCACCCACUGUUCCAGCCAGAAUUGCGCGAUGCUCUUGUCGCACCGAAGUAAAGCAAAAAUCUGCCAGACGGGGCCCCGUAUCGUUUCGGUACCACGCAAAGAAGCGCCAUGAUUCGAACUGCUCGGCGCGUCAGCCGGGGCCUUGGUCAUGGAAGCAUCAAUUCUCGUUCCAGUUACUCCCGUUUCUCAACAAAACGGUCGAAGUUGUCUUUGGUGCGACAAUACACGGCGGUGGCUUUCACAUGGAGCCUCCCCUCAAGGUCUAUUCAACGGUUAGAAGAUCGGAAUCCCCCAUUUUCCAGCUCUUUGACGGCCUUCCCGAGCGUUGCGCAAUAGGCAAAAAGCCUCUGAGAAGAUGCGGGUAUAUGUGGACAGACAAGUCCACUGGCUCAUUGUUCUGUGGGUAUGAAUGGGAUGUCAGCCGCGUUAAGUUCGAGCUGCGCAAGUUACACGAAAAGCUGGUCGAGAUGCAGUCCAAAAGGCUCGGAUCCAUCAGCGACAAGGAUGAACAUGGACAGACGGUGCUUCAUGAAAUGAUUAUCCUGAUCGGCUUGUUCGCCUCGGUAUACACGCACAUCAUAGAGGAGAUUGACGCACUACUCUUAGCCGCCCAGCAGUGUGCCGUCGAUACAAGUUCGGCUGCGGAGUACGGACACCGGCGGUACCACUACGAUAUUAUGUUGGGCUUUGGGGAGGUCCAUACGACGCCAAAAGACCGGGACUGGUCCGUAUCGACUGCCGCGCAAGAUUGCCUCAGGUUAUUUAGCGAGGAACUCAAGGAUUAUUCUUUCUUUGGGCGACUAUCUACAUUUUGCGCAAUUGAGCCUGAGAUGGACGUCAAUUUGGCGAAGGGCGGCGAGUACGCGGAGCUGGUCGAGGAUGUUGUGAAAAAAGGCCUAGAUCCGAAUGUCAGGUCGUCUAUAGUGGCAGCGUUACGCCGAGACUCCUGGCUCUUGAAGUAUUUUUUCGAAGGAGCUCUGUCCAAUAUCAUCCUCAAUAGAAACCUGGGGCAUCUCCAGCGGGCGCUCGAGUUGCGCAGCUGGUCAGUCGAGGCCUUCGGAUCCCUGCCCAUCAAUGCGCUGGAUCUAGCCAUUGGCUGGGCCGAUGGUCUCAAGGUUUUAGCCACUGUUUGGACGGGAAGCAUCGCGGCCGCAAUCGAGCUGGCGGCCCAAAUGCGGGAAUACGGAUCCCUUGAGAUUUUGUGCAAUGAAUUCAACGUGCCCCUAUUUGGCGAUGAGAGCGAACUCUGUCAAUUCACCCGAACAAUGCUAGCCUACUACAGAAGCUAUUUCAUUCUCGCCGGCGCGCUACGGCAGAGGCGGGAAGCUUUAGCAAACAUUGCGCACCGUUAUCUGUCCCAGGAUGACUUGUCCUCGCUCGGUAUCGAGGACGAGCGGACCCUGGACGCCAAGGCUAGACCGGUUUAUGACCUUCUCAAAGAGAGGUCUGUACCACUGGAACCACGACUCUUCCCCGGCCCACCCGGUUCAAUGUACGGCUCGAUUGCGAGGACUUAUAGAGAUUACAGCGACAAGCUGUACUUGACGGUCAUGCCCUCUCUUUAUCAACUCUACGAGUCCAACUUCCUCGAUAUAGACAACAGGGAUGCUUUGCGCCAGAUGCGUACACCCCUUGAUGAGUUCCUCUUGAGCCGUUCAGAGAAUGAUGACGACUGGGUAAUCGUCUGUAUGUGGCUCCUGAAGAGGGGCGCCUCGCCAACGUUUGGGAAAGACGAGCCAUAUGACAACUUAUUAGUGAGGGUGGCAAAGUCCAUUGCUUGCUUAUCAGAAGAUUUGUUUAGGGACAGAUCUGGACGCCCGGCUAUGAAGAACUUGGUCCAGUACGCAUCGGGGCUAUGCUCACCCACACAAGCAGAUGAGUGCCUCUGUUUCUGCUCCGCCAACGGGUGCCUCGCCCUCCAUCAUCUCCUUCGACAAGACAUGUUCACUCUGAAUGGCUGGUGUCACGGGCAUAGAGAGGACCGGACUCUCUUCUGGGCGGAGCAGUGCCACUUUGAGCCAGACGAUGCCGAGUACGCUGCAUGUCUCGAGGCAUUUGUGCGGCUAGAGCUCUUCAACCGCUUGGGUAUGGCCCAUACCUGCUGUUCAUGGGGUCUGAGCACUCGCAACGAAGCGGAGAACGAGAGGAUACGCGAAGAGGAUGCGGAACUCAACGCGCAGUUGAAUCUACUCAUGGAGGUUUAUCGCCACACACGAUCACGAUGGCCCGAACCCGAGGCGGACAGCGAAUACGUGUCCCGAGUGGAAUGUGGCUGUGUGCACGAGGGGGCAGACUCAUGGUUAUUUUAUGUCAGAGGAACUCUGAUGGCUCAUAAUACCUGGUGGUGGUACAAAGUAAGGCAAAUCCUACCUGAUCUCUGGUCCCACAAAAGACCCUGGCAACCGCCCGGCGAUGAAAUGGAGAUAUUCGUACAAGGCACGCUUUUAAAAAGACAAGGCUACGACGGGCUAGACUUCUCCGAGGUGAUUCGGCGCCAUUUUCGUGAUGAUCUUCCAGUAUCGCCGGCUCAGGCUGAAACUGAGGGCUCCGCAUCCACGUCGAUCACACAUGACAGGGACAGCGCAGUCUCACAGGGCGGUGUGGGGGCGGAAUCGGAUGGAGCGGGGACUGCUGCCUCGGAAUCCAAUAAAGAGUUUGUUCCUCGGGAACGGCCAGAGUUGCUCCAGCAAGUAUUGGAAUUCUUCGAUUAUGAGUACGGUACUCCUGAGGACUUCUCAUACUGGGACACAGAUGUGGAGGAAGCUUUUGCGGCAUUGGAUGAGUCUGGUAGGCUGGAUGAGCUCUCUACUACGGACCAUACGGGGUUGGAGAACAGGGUUAUUAUUGAGGAGGUUUCGGAUUGA